AUGAAGGUCCUCUCCCUCCUCGUCGCCGCCUCCGCGGCCUCAGCCCACACCAUCUUCGUCCAGCUCGAAGCCGGCGGCACCACCUACCCGGUCUCCUACGGAAUCCGGACCCCGUCCUACGAUGGUCCCAUCACCGACGUGACCUCCAACGACCUUGCCUGCAACGGCGGCCCCAACCCCACCACUCCCUCUGACAAGAUCAUCACCGUCAACGCCGGCAGCACCGUCAAGGCUAUCUGGAGACACACUCUCACUUCCGGCGCCGACGAUGUCAUGGACGCCAGCCACAAGGGUCCUACCCUUGCCUACCUCAAGAAGGUUGACGACGCCUUGACUGACACUGGUAUCGGCGGUGGAUGGUUCAAGAUUCAAGAAGACGGCUACAACAACGGCCAAUGGGGUACCAGCACCGUCAUCACCAACGGUGGUUUCCAGUACAUCGACAUCCCCGCCUGCAUCCCCUCAGGCCAAUACCUCCUCCGCGCCGAGAUGAUCGCCCUGCACGCCGCCUCCUCCACCGCCGGCGCCCAACUAUACAUGGAAUGCGCCCAAAUCAACAUCGUCGGCGGCACCGGCACCGCUGCCCCCUCCACCACCUACUCGAUCCCCGGCAUCUACAAGGCGACUGACCCCGGUCUGUUGGUCAACAUCUACUCUAUGAGCCCGAGCAACACUUAUACCAUCCCUGGCCCGGCCAAGUUUACUUGU